AUGUUAAAUCGAAAAUGGUUUCACAAGAUCAACAAACUAUUGGAUACGAUCAUUGAUGAUCUGCCUCGUCCACAGCGUUGUUAUGAAUAUGAAGAAUACUUUUCAGAUGGAGAAAGCGAUUCAUCUACAAUUUCAUGCCCAAACGACAGAACGUUAUUAAUUCCAUGGUUAUCAAUUUUAAAUUUAGUAGAGAUGAUUGUAAUGAAAAAAUAUCAAUUUAUGGAUUCAGAAUCGAAGUGCUUUUUUAUUGGUGUAUUUGCUAGAGCAUUAAAUUAUUAUCCUUCUGAAUAUCAAGGAAUCAAAGUUUUACGAUAUUUUGCUUCAAUUACUCCUGAAAUUGUUGUUUCUCAACUUCAAGAUCCUCAAUGCAUUAAUCAAAUAAGGUCAUUAGCAAUACAUUCUGAAUUUAAUAGGUCCAUUGAAGCUCUUUCAUUUUAUUCAAUUAUUUCUGAAUUUUCGCUUGAAACUCAAUUUACUAAUGAUAUUGGUACUGUUAUAAGCAUAAUUUUAGAAAAAAUUGAUUCUCAAUCAAAUAGCAAGAUACUAUCACUCGCAUUUCACUUAGCAUCAAUUAUGUUUCAAAUUGAUGAAUUUCUAAAACAUCUUAUAACAGAACAAUUUUUAGCUAAUAUUGAAGAUAUUAUAGAAAAAUUUGAUUACAAUACCAAAAUUAGCAUUAUUUUAAUGAUAUCAACAGCUAUAAUUCAAGUUAAAGAAAAUUGUAUAUUGGAUAUGAUAGUUAAUAGACAUAUAUUUGUUUAUAAGAUAUUUGAAAAUACUGAUGAUCCGGAAAAAUAUAUUGCAUUAGUUGUAUAUCCAGCUACAGCCCGAUUAUUGGAAUAUUUCGCUCAAAUAUCAUGGGUAGUUCUUAGCAUCGAUGAAUGCAGAGAAUUGAUAGAAUGUGAAUCUAUUCAAAAUGCUCUUGAUGAAUACCCUGAAUUGGAAGAUUCUGCCUCUUUUAUAUUGUCUGUUUUAUCUGAAUAA